GUCCAGACGGUUGAGGAGCAGCUCGGUGCAGCAGGAUGUCGGAGAUGCAGGAGCUGAGCUCGCUGGUCCAGCGGCGUCAGGCUGCGGCGCUGGCGGACUACAAGGAGCAGAUCUCCCGUUUGAAAGAAGACAACGAGCGACAGAGGAAGCUGCUGGACGCGGUUUUACACCCCGGAGCCCGGCUGUUCCCGACAGUGUUGCCCAAGCAGCUGCUGGUGUCUAAAGAAGAGAAGCAGGAGUGGAGGCCCAGUGUGGACCAGGAGCAGCCAGAGCCGCCACACGUUAAAGAGGAGCAGCAGGAGCUCUGGGCCAGUCAGGAGGCAGAACAGCUUCAAGAUAUCAAGGUCCCAUUCACCGAUGUCACUGUGAAGAGUGAAGAUGAAGAAGAAGCUGGGCCCUCACAGCUUCAUCAAAGCCAAACAGAGGAGAGCAGAGAGGCAGAGCCUCCAGCCAGCAGCUCCACUGUAAAGAUGGAAACAGAAGCUGCUGGAGAGGAACCAGCCGAGAACGUAGAUCCAGCUGCUGAUUUCCAACCAGCUUGUAAUGGCCAGCUCCUCUCCUCACACUCCUCUGACUCUGAGGCAGAUGGCAGUGAAGAUGACAUGGAGGACACGGUGAACAAAAACACAAGACUGAAACAGUGGAAGUGCCAUGUUUGUGGUUCAAGCUUUAAAGAAAGACAAAUGUUAGAUAUGCACAUGGUGAUUCACAACAGAGAAAAAACAUUCAGCUGCCCAUUUUGUGGCAAAGGUUUUUCAAAUAACAGCAACUUUAACAGACACAUCAGAGUCCACACAGGAGAGAAACCAUUUAGCUGCUCAGUUUGUCAUAAACGUUUUAGCGAUAAAACUUACAUAAAAGUACACAUGACACUUCACACAGGAGAGAGACCAUUUAGCUGCUCAGUUUGUCAUAAAAGUUUUAGAGAUAAAACUAACCUAAAAGUACACAUGAGAGGCCACACAGGAAAGAAACCCUUUAGCUGCUCAGAAUGUGACAAAAGCUUUUCAGACAAGCGUUCCUUACGCAGGCACAUGCAAGUCCACACAGGAGAGAAACCAUUUAGCUGCUCAGAAUGUGACAAAAGGUUUUCAAGUCAAACUAACAUGAACAGACAUAUGAGAGUCCACACAGGAGAGGACCAGGAGCAGCCAGAGUCGCCACACGUUAAAGAGGAGCAGCCAGAGCCGCCACGCAUUAAAGAGGAGCAGCAGGAGCUCUGGGUCAGUCAGGAGGCAGAACAGCUUCAAGAUAUCAAGGUCCCAUUCACCGAUGUCACUGUGAAGAGUGAAGAUGAUGAAGAGGAAGCUGGGCCCUCACAGCUUCAUCAAAGCCAAACUGACGAGAGCAGAGAGGCAGAGCCUCCGGCCAGCAGCUCCACUGUAAAGAUGGAAACAGAAGCUGCUGGAGAGCAACUGGCCGGGAACGUAGAUCCAGCUGCUGAUCUCCAACCAGCUAGUAAUGGCCAGCUUCUCUCCUCACACUCCUCUGACUCUGAGGCUGAUGACAAUGAAGAUGACAUGGAGGACAUGGUGAACAAAAACACAAACAUUAAACAGUGGAAGUGCUUUGUUGGUGUUUCAAGCUUUAAACAAAGACAGAACUUAGAUAUGGACAUGGUGAUGCGCAAGAGAGAAAAAACAUUUAACUGCUCAGAUUGUGACACAAGUUUUUCACAGAAAACGGAUUUAAACAGACAAAUGACAAUCCACACAGGAGAUAAACCUUUUUGCUGCUCAGUUUGUGGUAAAGGUUAUAUAGCUAAAAGUAAAUUAAACACACACAUGAGAGUCCACACAGGAGAGAAACCAUUUAGCUGCUCAAUUUGUGGUAGGAGUUUUUCACAGAAAAAUAUUUUAAAAAGACACAUGACAGUCCACACAGGAGACAAACCAUUUAGCUGCACAUUUUGUCAUAAAGGUUUUACACAGAAAUCAUCUUUAAAAGUACACAUGACAGACCACACAGGAGAGAAACCAUUUAGCUGCACAUUUUGUCAUAAAUGUUUUGGAGAUAAAUCAUCCUUAAAUGUACACAUGAAAGUCCACACAGGAGAGAAACCAUUUAGCUGCACAUUUUGUCAUAAAAGUUAUAGAGAUAAAUCAUCCUUAAAAGUACACAUGAGAGUCCACACAGGAGAGAAACCAUUUAGCUGCACAUUUUGUCAUACAAGUUUUAGAGAUAGAUCAUCCUUUAAAGUACACAUGACAGUCCACACAGGAGAGAAACCAUUUAGCUGCACAUUUUGUCAUAAAAGUUUUAGAGGUAAAUCAUCCUUAAAAGUACACAUGAGAGUCCACACAGGAGAGAAACCAUUUAACUGUUCAGAUUGUGGCAAAAGUUUUAAAGAGAAACGAUUCCUAAAUGUUCACAUGAGAGUCCACACAGGAGAGAAACCAUUUAACUGCUCAGAUUGUGACAAAACUUUUAUAGAUAAACGUAUCUUAAAAAAGCACAUGACAGUCCACACAGGAGAGAGACCAUUUAGCUGCUCAGUUUGUCAUAAAGGUUUUAGAGAUCAAGCUUACUUAAAAAUACACAUGAGAGUCCACACAGGAGAGAAACCAUUUAGCUGCUCAGAAUGUGACAGAAGCUUUUCAAAUCAAAAUAACUUGAACAGACACAUGAGAGUCCACACAGGAGAGAAACCAUUUAACUGUUCAGAAUGUGACAAAACAUUUUCACGUCAUAAUCACUUGAACAGUCACAUGAGAGUCCACACAGGAGAGAAACCAUUUAGCUGCUCACAAUGUGACAAAAGCUUUUCAGAUAAGCGUAUCUUAAACAAGCACAUGAGAUUCCACACAGGAAAGAGACCGUUCAGCUGCAGUGUGUGUGGGAGAAGUUACAGCCGCUGUGGACAUCUUAAACAGCAUAAGUGUCAUGGUCAGAGCCCACAGAGCUGAAGCUGCAGAGCUGCCGCUUCAGCUGGACUGUUCAACAGGACAGUAACGCAGAGAACUUGCUGAGAGUCCAUCGCUCAGGUCGAGAAAAGUCAAACCCUUGUCAGUCAGUGUUGUGGUUGGAGAUGCAGCCACGUCUGCUCACACACAUCUUGUGUUACUGCAGGCUCAUGUAAGAGAGCAAAUCUUGUUGCUGCUGUUUGGCUCAAAGUCAAGUUUCUGUUCCCGUGUCGGUUUGAUUUUCUCUUACAUGUCAGUUAACAUCCUGGGCAGGAAUUCCUCACAGAGCCACGACCUAAACCCCAUCCAUCACCUUUGGGAUCAACCAGAAUGGAGAUUGCGAGCCAGGCCUUCUGGUCCAACAUCGGUGUCUGAGCUCACAAAUGCUCUUCUGGAUGAACGGGCGAAAAAGGGAACUAACUCCGUAUUAAUGCCUCUGGAUUUAGAAUGGGAGGUCAGAAAAACUCUUGGGGGUUUAAAGUGGAGGUGAACCAAUACUUUUGUCCAUAUAGUAUAUGUAUGUAUGGAUAUAUCAUAAUAAAAUCUUAAUUGAA